AUGGAGGUUCCCAGCACCAGGAGACUCAUCAACGAUGCUCUGAAUGACCUGAGCUCGGACCAGCUCGCCAGCUUCCGCACAGCUCUCCGGGAGCGGAGGGGUGACGGUCCGCGCGUCAGACGGACUGAUGUGGAGGACAAGAGCCCCCUGCAGCUGUCGGAGCUGCUGGUGCAGACCUUCCUUGAGGAUGGGGCCGUGAGAGUGACCGAGCAGCUCCUACGAGACAUCGACUGCAUGCAGACCGCCGCGGAGCUGGCUGCAGCGGCUGCGCCCAGAGAAAGACCCAUACCCGUACCAGAGCAACACUUUGUGGACCGACACAGGGAGGAGCUCAUAGCCAGAGUCUCGAACAUCGACCCCAUCCUGGACCAUUUGCUCCAACAAGGGGUGCUGCAGGGAGAGCAGUAUGACCGGAUCCGCAGCCUCAGGCCCACCCAGGAGCAGACCAGGACUCUGUACCGCGAACCUCUGAGGGCUGGAGGGCUCCGAUCCAAGGCCCGGCUGCUGGAGGCUCUGGAGGAACACGAGCGCUAUCUGAUCCAGGACCUGCGCCAGCAAGACCAAGUCUAG